UGCAAUGCACUCUCCGAUCGCGUGUCAUGUCAUAAUGCGUAAUACACUCGCGCGUCUUUUCAUUUCAUGUUAAUACACUCUCAGUGAACAAGCCGUCUUUAACAUUAAGUCCGAAAACCAAGAAUUGUUUAAUCUCUUGGUUAUUUCUUUCUAAUGCAUGUGUUGUGAAUCUUUUUUUUCCUCUGUUGUAAAUCUGUGUUUAUCAAAACAUGUUAUCAAAACGUAUAAAAAAAAGUGGCCAGUUGUAUAGAGCUCGCGACCGGGUAGAACGAGUAAGACGCAUUAAUGGUGACCAAUACAAUCAACUACUGCAUACAACUACAGCUAGACCAUCUGAAGAUAAAUUUCAUAAAGUGUCCGUGCGUGUUGCUGAUCGAUCUGUUUACGACAAUACCCUUACAUAUGAUAAUGUGUCCGACGCUAUUUGUGAAAGUACUGGAAGUAAACAUGACAGCAAUAUUUCAGAAUCUAAUACUUCUUCGAAUAACAAUGAUGAUAUGUUCAGUGAUGUAGAAAGCAUGUCUGAUGAUGAAACAGGAUUGGAUAAACAUUCUGAUGACGAUGCAAUGUUGGAUGAGCCUGAUUUUGAUAAAAUGGACACGAGUGAUUGUUUGAAAUAUUGGGCAUUGAGCACCAAACAAACCCAUUAUUCAAUGAAUAUGCUGUUAAAAAUAUUGAGGAAAAAAAUGAACAUGUGUCUACCAAAGGAUGCUAGAACUUUCCUGAAAACAAAUAGAAAUGGACCAGAAAUAUCAAAAAUUGGAGAUGGUCUGUUUUGGUAUCGCGGUGUUAAAGAGGGCCUCACCAAGCAUUUGCGUUUUGUUAAGGUGCCAAGCACUCUUUCGCUGAACAUCUUUAUAGAUGGACUACCACUAAGUAAAAGCAGUCCAACGCAGUUCUGGCCUAUAUUGGCAAAUAUUUAUGAAAUGCCUCAACUAUCGCCAUUUACUAUAGCAAUUUAUGCCGGAAGAUCAAAGCCAAAUGAUCUGGAUAAAUAUCUGAAGCAAUUAGUGUCAGAAUUAAAUACCCUUAUUGAUGGAGGAACAAUUAUUAACCAGACAAAAAUAGCAAUUCGAGUGCGAGCCGUCAUAGCAGAUACUCCUGCUAGAUCGUUUAUCAAAGGUGUAGCGAAUUUUAAUUCUGCCGAUGGAUGUCUCAAAUGCACAUGCGAAGCAGAAUUUAAUGAGGAUGGAACACUGUUAGCAUUUCGCACCAGUUUGGAUGCCAAUUUUCCGGGAAUAUUGGGCCAUAACAAGUAAUAUUUUCCACUACUAGUUCCCUGCACCCAUCCAUCAGGCACAAGACAUAAUUCUCCAUAUCCCUUAGGGCCUAAGGUCUCCACAAUGGAAAAUCCCAUUGUUAUGAUCCUUUAAUAGUGAAAAAUGAACAAUUACUUUAAAACUAAAUUAUAUGUCUUACUUUAAAUAUUACCUUACACAGGACACUAGGUUAUCAGCUGACCAAGAGCAAAUUUAAGCACAAUACCUGCAGAAUUGCAAAAUACGCAGUGCUUGUGAUAUUCAGCCUCAUACAAUUGAAAAAUAAAAAACUUGCUCCUCUGA